CCCCAGCAUAAAAUUUAUAGCGAGAUCCGUAACUCAUAAAAUAAUAAAAAAAAGCUAAAGUUGGAUUCUUAGUCAGCGCGGAGAAUUUGGAAAGUGCGGAGGACGACGAUGACAUUCCUGUACAAGAACUUUAAGGAAAACUGUGGGUACAGCUUAGAGAGAACCACGAAAUGAACGAUGAUGUACUGAUUACUGAAUUUCUUUUUAUUGAUUCUGAAGCUGCAACCACACAAACAUUAACUGAAUUGGAUAUUUUAUACAGUUUAAAAAAUAAAAACAAUACAGCAAUAAAUUGUGAGGAAUACGAAGAAGACGAAGACGGAAAUGAUGAAGAAAUCACCAAACCUUGAUAUGAUGAAAUCAUUUGAAAGAAUUCGAUAGUAGAUAAUAAUUUACACGAUAAAGGUGUAUCAAUUGCUAUUUUAAUCAUGUCUAGUGCUUAUGAAUUUAAAACCUGUUUUGUGUUGUUUAAGUAUUUCAAAUGGUAAUUUUUGUAUUUUAGGAAUUUUCCAUAUAAGGAACUUUUUAUCAGGAUUUAGCGACUUCGUUCAAUAGAGAUCCGACUUCAUUUAUUUUUUAUUUCCAGUGAAAAAAUAAGUGUAGAUUUUCAUGCCAAGUUGGCAUCAUUUGGCAGUCACGAUCACGCUCUACUGCGCUUUCAAAUCGCCACCCAAAAUAUAACGUUAUAACAAAUUGAACACUUCGAAGAUUAGUUAAAAAAGUUUUUGUUCAUAAAGUUUCUCACACGGAUCUUAAAUGCUUGAAAGAUUCACCAACUCAAAAGAGGAUGAGAAGCAUUGUGCAGAAAAGAUAAUGUUUUGAGGUUCAUGAAUGAUGCCCGAUUGGAAGGAUGCCACCAACGGUAAAUAUCAAGUCCUGGCAGCCUUCUUGUUGUGCUGCAUACAACUCUGCAUCACUUUCAGUGACCAGUUUCUGCAUAUAUAUGGCUGGACGCCACCCCACAGAUGUCGACUGCCUCCUCAAAAUGACUCCCAAUUGAGUCAUGCCUUGUGGUGGCCAGUGGUCGAGAAAGGUGGACGAAAGGUUUUCUCCUCCUGUUCCAUGUACCUGGAUCCUCUUGACCACUCUGUUGGAGUACAGCCCUGUAUUCAUGGAUGGGAGUAUUUUCAGAAUUACGAGGAGGGAGAAUGGAGUCUUGCAACAGAGUGGGACUUGGUCUGCGAGAAACAAUAUCUGAUGAAUCUUCUGCCGUAUGUCCAUACGGCAGGUGCAAUGCUCGGUGGAGUUGUGUUCGGUGCGUUGGCAGAUCGCUAUGGCAGAAGGUUCAACUUACUGGCAGCCUUAUUUCUCCACACUAUACUCAGCUUGGCCAUGCACUUCUUGGCAACAUUCUCCCUCUUCGCCGUGGCAUACUCUCUACAGGGUGUUCUUGUAACGGCGAUACAGUGCAUCUCAUAUGCUUUAGUGUUAGAAACACUGCCAUUCCAAAGUCACUUACUAGUAACCAUUUGCCUGGGUUUAGUGAUAUCCAUUGGAACUAUCAUUUUAUCUGUUGUGUCAUGGCUUAUCAAAAACUGGCGAUAUACACAAUUGGCCAUAUCUGCUCCUGGAAUAGUUUGUCUUGGCUAUUUUUGGCUGAUACCACGUUCUCUGCCCUGGCUGAUGGUGGAAGGUUACGUUCACGAAGCAGAGAAGCAGCUGAUCCACUUUGCCAAGUUCAACAAAACUACGCUGCCUUACAACUUUCGCUUCCGGAUCAUCAACUACUGUAAAAAGCUCAGGUCUUACUCCUCCUCUCACUCCAUGGGGACAGUUGUCUCCUCCAACAUCUGCAGGAGAUACGUAUUCAUCCUCUAUUACAUGUGGUUCGUAAUAGCGUUGGAGACAGAUUCUUCCUAUCUUCCUGCACUGAAAGGAAAUCAGUAUGCUCUGUUGUUUGUUAAAGGUCUGAUCGAUACUGGAAUCAUCAUCAUUCUGUUUUUCUUCGCCCAAAGGUUUGGUCCCCGUUCUGCGCAUGCGUGUGUUUUAGUGUUCGGAGGAAUAUCUUGUACAGCUUCCGCUCUCCUAAGUUACACCCCCUUUUUCAAAAGCGUGAGUCACAUUGUGUUUUUCGUAUCACCCAUUCUGGCUGUCGUGGGUAAAUCUUGCAUCAGAUCAGCCAUCGUCACGUGCACAUUCUUCACACUGAAAGUCUUUCCCACGGGAGUCAGGUGCAUCGGUUUGGGUUCCUGUUUGUUUUGGUUUAGAACAGCACGGCUCAUGGGCUUUUCUCUCCUAGAACUGGAGAAUGUCUAUAAUUUCCCACUCGCACUCUACGGGUUUCUAGCCGUCAUUGGAGGAUGUUUGUCUUCAUUCUUGCCUUCAGACUGCCAUCGCCCACUACCGAAUGUCGCUUUGGAAGUGGAAAAGUCUUUCACCAUAGACAGCUCGUCCAGGGGCAUGCGCUGUCGGUCGUUGCUGGCAGACCACGUGAUGUCGCCCAUAGACUUAGAAAAAACCACCGACACUCUCCUCGAACUGAGGGUUCAGGAAUUUCAAAACAUGAGACUGAUCAACGAAUCUCGUGAGACUGUUGCGAUGAGCGAAGAGCAGAAUCGGACAUUCGACAGACGUCGUGACAUCGAGGAGGACGCAGAUUCGAGACUGACCGAUUUGGAGGACGAGCUCUGCAGAAUAUGGGAGGUCAACAGCGUGGCGGAGGGAAAUAACCACCAUCGUUCAACGAAAGGAGAACAUCAUAAUGGUGGCAUUGAUAGUGAUACCAGAUUAAAUGAAACGCGCUUUUAACUCAAAUAAUGCUGAGUUUCAUAAAUGCUCAAUUAAUGCUGAGUUUCAUAAAGGCUCAAUUAAUGAUGAGUUUCAUAAAUGCUCAAUUAAUGCUGAGUAAUAACUCAAAUAAUGCUGAGUUUCAUUUUUUCUCUAAAAAAAAAGAACAGUUUUCAUUACAGGAUACGUGCAGCUCAAACCCAGUUCUACACUCAGAAAUCAUGUAACCUUACGAACACCUUGUGUCGCAAUUUUCUUUUUAUUGUCACGAAAAUGUUUGUACUAAAAACCUUUUUAUUUUCAA